CUUUUCCUCCUUUCUCUCUUCCUUUUUCCUUUUUCCUUUUCUUUUUCCUUUUUUUUUCUCUUACGUACUUUUCUUUUUCUAUAUUUUAUUUAUCUUAUAUUUCUUGACUUUGAUGACUACUCAUGGUGACCACCAAGUACAGUUGAAAACUAGUAUUCCUUCUCUUACCAAUACUGAACGAGAUCUAUUACAAGCACAUCAACCUGGUUAUGGAACUCGCUCUGCUGUGGAAGUUGCCUUUAAUUUAGUCAAUGCUACUGUGGGUGCAGGGAUCAUUGGAUUACCGUUUGCGUUGUAUAAUGCAGGAUUUAUUAGUGGAUUAGCUUUAUCAUUGUUUGUGUCUGUGGUAUCUCAAAUUGGGUUAUAUAUGUUGAUUGUUGCCGGUCAACGUGUUGGUAUUUACAAAUUUGCUGCUUUGGUAGAAUAUCUCUUAGGUCGACCUGGAUAUCAUUUUUUGAACUUUAUGAUAUUGAUUCAAGCCGCUGGUGCAUGUCUUAGUUAUAUUAUUUUGAUUGGUGAUACUCUCCCUGUAUUAUUAGCAUUAUAUUUUCCUCAAUAUCCAAACCUCUCAGAUCGUUCAAUGAUAUUGAUUUUCAUUUCUGUCUUCUUGAUAUUCCCUUUGAAUUUGUCCCGAUCCAUAGGUGCAUUGGCACGUUGGUCUAUUGUAUCUGUGCUUUGUUUACCCAUCAUCCUGCUGACACUAUUGAUUAGGGCUCCUCUUUAUUCUCCAACUCAUACAGCAACUUUGGAUUGGGUUGGUCCAGAUAUUUUUGGUGCAGGGGCUAUUAUGGCUUUUGGAUUUGCUUGCUCCCAAGUGGCAUUCAAUAACUUUUUGGCUUUAAAGGAACAAACUUCUCGUAUGUGGGCUUAUGCAGUCACGAUUGCUGCUAUCAUCAGUUACAUCAUGUCAAUGGCAUUUGCUGUCAUUGGAUUUCUUAGUUUUGGCAAGGAUGUGCAACCCAAUCUUUUUUUGAACUUUCCUGCAGAUGAUGCUGUGAUCAAUAUUGGUCGAUUUGCUUUGGGUUUUAGUAUGAUUCUGACUGUACCAAUGGCUUUUUAUCCAGCUCGUGAAGCAAUACAAAAAUCACUUGGAUUUGAAACACCAGAAAAGCAACCAAACGCUUAUCAACAUUAUGGAGUUACUGUUUUAUUAUCGAUUAUUAUCACCAUCCUUGGAGUUUGUGUUCAUUCGGUGGGUAAAGUAUACACUCUUAUUGGUGGUGUGGCGGCAACUACUUUGGCUUAUAUACUUCCUGCAGCAUCUUAUAUCGUCACUCGGUCUAUUCGUGGUCAACAACAAGAAGAGGCGAAACAACCUCUAAUAAAUCAUGUCAACAACAACCUUGAUUACAACUCUAUUGGCAGCAGUACAUCAAGUGAGAGUAAUCAUUCGGCUUAUCCAGUGAUGGUCGAGGAAGAACCUGUGGUGAUGGAUAUGGAUGAUGGCGCGACAUGUUGGUAUUUAGAUAUAGCAGCUGGACUGUUGAUUAUUUGGGGUUUUAUAGUGAUGUUCUUCGCAACGAAGAGUGUAUUUGCUUAGUUAUAUUGAUUGAUUGAUUAUUCUAAAUAAAUGAUGUCUUCCAUAAAAACCGAUUUUUUUUUUUUG